CUUAAGUAAAGAUGCAACAUGGAAGGCCUGUCACCGAACUGACUGAAGGAAAAUUACGGAAUUUUUCGUUAAAUCAGUGUUUGAUGUUUAUUUCUUACAUAAAGAUAUGCAUAUUUUCUUAUAUAUUUAAAGUAGUGAUAUCUUCUGAGCUUUUUCUUGGAUUGGAUCAAAAUCCAGCUAAUCCUGGCAUUGGUGUGAACUAUUAUGGAAAAAUACAAAACACAACACCAUUAACUCUUGGCAAUGGAUUGACUUUUGAUGACAUAGUGGACGAUUUCGUACCUCGAGAUUGUUCAAAGGCACCAAAGGGCACAAGCUGCAUUCAGAGAGACGUAUUUUUCCAAGAUCCUGAUUUCGUAUAUACGGUCUUAAAUCCUGUACCGUGCAAUUUCUCCUACCCAUAUAGACAUUAUAAUGGGUCAUGCAUCAGCCCACAUAUUCCAAUACUCGGCAUAGCAAAUGAUUGCUACUUCAGAUUCACACCACCGUAUUACGACGGUUUUGGAGGUUUUCGAAAAUCUGUUAAUGGAAAUCCCUUGCCUGAACCUAGAGAUAUUUCUUUAACAAUAUUCAAAGAUCAUCAUAAGCCUGAAACGAAUGUGUCCUUCCAAUUUUUGAUUUUUGGACAACUCAUUGCUCAUGAUGUAUCCCGAGCAGUUCAGCCUCAAUUAGACUGUUGUUCAACAAGAAAUGCUGGAAAAGAGGAGUGUGCACCGAUAUCAGUCAGGCCUGACGAUCCCUUCUAUUCUCGGUUCAACAAGACAUGCUUAAAUUUUCAGCGGUCUGAAAUAUGCCCGUUUGGCCAAAUUGUAAACAGAGAACAAACAAAUGGUGCAACAGCUGCUAUAGAUGGUUCUUAUAUAUACGGUGUCAGUGAAAAUAAAGUAAACAUGUUGAGAGCUUUGGAUGGGACAGGCAGAUUAAAAUCUACUGAUUCAAGCAAAUAUUGUCUUCUGCCAACUGGGAAGGAUCCCGAGGAUAUUUUUUGUCCAAAAAAGCAAGAAUCAGAAUGUUUCAUUGCCGGUGAUCCACGAGUAAAUCAACACGCAUCAUUGACAAGCAUGCACACUGCUUGGAUGAGGGAACAUAAUAGAAUCGCCAAGGAGCUCAAACAGAUGAAUCCACAUUGGGAAGAAGAGAAAUUAUUUCAAGAAUCUAGGAAAAUUGUUAUUGCCGAAUUCCAGUGCAUCAUUUAUCAAGAUUUUUUACCAAUCAUUUUGACCCCUCGCAUUAUGAACGAAUUUGAUAUAACAAUAAAAAAAGGUUCAAAUGGCACGCUUUUCUUCCCUCUUGCUGUCAUUGCUGUUUGGCACGAAUUCGCACAUGCUGCCUUCAGACUUCACAACAUGGUACCGACUGACAUUGGUUCGUUGAAACUUCGGUUCAAGGACACGUUUUCGAAUCCUGAUUUAAUCAGGAGAGGCCAUACUUCUGAUCUAAUCAGAGGCUCGCAACACGUUCCUAUUGAGAAAUUCGAUCGUUACAUGAUCAAAGAUCUUACAGAUUACUUAUACGAGCAACCUGGAGUGCGUUAUGGAGAAGAUUUAGCAGCUAUAAAUAUUCAGCGGGGCAGAGAUCAUGGAAUCGCUCCCUACGUAGAUCUCGUGAAGUUUUGUUCCGAAUUUACCAUUAACAUAACAUCUUUCGAUGAUCUUGUCGAAUUUGAAAUGAUGCCGGAGGAAUAUGUUCAACUUCUGAAGCAACUUUAUGAAUACGUGGAAGACGUGGAUAUAUGGGUUGGAAUACAACUGGAGAAUCACAUGCCUGGCUCAAUUCUUGGUCCAUCUGCCGUUUGCGUCAUCGCCAAACAAUUCUACUUCUCCCAGAAAGGCGAUCGACUCUUUUUCAAUCAUGAAGGAUUGUUGGCGCCCUUCACAGCAGAUCAGAGAAGUACAAUUAAAAAUACCUCCCUUGGUCGAAUCUUGUGUGACAACACUAAUAUUAGGCACAUUCCGAAAAAUACUUUCUUUCUCCCAAGUGCCAAUAAUCCUAUGACAUCUUGUGAAGAAAUUCCGAGUAUUGAUCUUUCUUUUUGGAAACAAAAUUAGCCCACAGCCAGCACAUCUUAAAAUUUACAAUGCAACGAAUUGGGCGUAUAUGCUAUUUGCAAAGCUCUAUUUCAAGCAAAACUAAGUUUGUUGAAAUACUUUAAAGUUAAACAAAAGAUUUCCCAAUGAAAACUAACAGCUUUAUACUAAACUAAUUUCUUUUAACAGAACAAAACUUCUGAGUCAAAUACUUUCGUCCCAAUAUAUUUUUGUAUGCCUUUACUUUUUAUAGUCAAAUUCAGACAUUUUGAAGUCAAUUUAAGUAAUUUCGAAGCCGCGAAUCAAAUUAAAUUGCUCACAUCUAUUAACAUAUAACUACAUGUUCCCUGGAACUAUUUUAUGACAACGUUAUUUUUCUGUCUUAUAAUAUACGUAAUGGAUUCCCAAUUAACUUGACAUUUUUCCUAUCACUUUCAGUACAUACUAUUAGAAUGGCGAGUUUUUGCAAUUGGCUUUGCUCCUUGUAGUGAAACAUAGACAUAAUGGAAUUAAUUCCUGAUGCGUAAUAAAUCCAAUGACGCAAGUCAAUAUGUAAAUUA